AUGGGCCAACUCGAUCCACAGGCGAAGCUCUUGCCCAGCACCCCUGGCUCAUCGCGGUUUAGGUUUGGCCGCUCAUCGGACCUCGCUCCGCAACAGUAUGACCCCUUCCAGAUAAACCCGGGCCAGUACAAGCCGCGGCGCAGCGUGUGCUGGCCCCCACAAUGGCACUCCUCGUGGAACAUGUACGUCUUCUGUGCCUUUGGCUUUGUGUGCGCCGUCGGCCACCACAUCUUCUACGAUACCCUCGACGGCAAGCCCGCCGACAACCAGAUCCAGAUGCUGCGGUACGGGACCCUGCUGGCCUUCGGGGCAAAGGCAGGACUCUGUGCCGCGGUGGUCACGGCUUUUCGGCAGCGCGUGUGGACGACGGUGCAGACUAGACUGCUCAGUAUCGGGGCGCUGGACUCGCUGUUCGUCGCGACGGAAGAUCUCAUUUCGCUGUGGAACUGGGAGCUUUUCAAAGGUGCGAGGGUGGCAAUGGCCUUGGCCGUUUUUGUCUGGAUCGCACCGUUGAUGGUAAUCCUGAGUGCAAACACUCUGCUUGUUGAGCCAACAACUAUGGUGCAAGAGACGACUUGUCCUGGCGUCCGGACGCUGAACUUCAGCUUUGAGGAGACCAACGAAUGGCGGAUUCCCAAGAGAAUCGACGGCGUGUACGAAAUUCCAAUAUCCUUGUGGAAUACCACCAAGCCGCCCGACCAGGACCCGCCCGGCUGGUUCGACUACUACACUGGUCCGAGCAUGAAUAUCCAGCAGACGGCAACCCUCGGGGCCUUCAUGGGAGGGGUGGCCCCUAGGCCAAACGCCUCUCUGGAGGUAUGUGGGAGUGGAUGGAACUGCACAUUCGAUAUCCAAUUUGUCGCGCCGGGAUACAAAUGCACCGAGCUUGCGAGCGGCGUGGACGCAAAGGUCGUCAACUUGACCCAGGAGUCCGGGAGCAUUGCGCCUCCGUUUAGCAUGGAUCUCCUCCUGCCCAAAGGCCUAUUUAGCUAUUACGCCUUCACUAGCGGGGGCGAGUACUCGACAACGCAGAUGGAAGACGUCAGCAUUGGGGGCAUGCCCAAGACCAAGCCGCCGUAUCCUAAGAACUUUGGCGCCUUCCGCACUGAACCAAUCGUCUGGAUCGGCUACUCCGUGAUCGUAAACCCCGACAGGCCGCUGCCGAAGGAACCGUCUGACCCGGCAUGGAGCAGCUCCUUCAUACCCAAGCUCUUCGCCUGCGAGAACUACGAGACGGCCUACACGGCGCGCUUCAACUACACCGACACGGCGCAGGUGACCACCAUUACCAGCCGCAAGUUCCUCACGCCGGUGGUCAACACGACGUUGGUGCCGGGCGUCGACGCCGGCGACGACGGCACGGCCGACAACACGACUGCGACGCCCGAGGCCAACUACGUGCGGCCGACGACGGACGUGGGGCGGUACCGGCGGGCGGCGGCGUUCCACAGCCUGGGGUUCAUGCUGCGGCGCUUCGUCAACGGCACGGUGGAGAUGGCGCGCGAGCUCGACGGGGCCAUCGCCAACACGGCGGCGGUGCAGACGAGGCUGCUCGACCAGCGGCGCAACUUCUUCCCGCACCCGGACCUGCAGGGGCUGGUGCAGGGCUUCUACGAGGACAUCGUCCUGUCGCUCCUCUCGAACCCGCAGUUCGUCGACGUCGUGUGGGCGGCCCGCCCCGACGAGCAGAGCGGCACGCUCAGGGAGGGUGGGGUCGGGGUCGGCGGGCCGGGCGGCGAAGAGGCGUACAGGUACCCCUGCGUCAAGUCGCGGACCGCCAUCAUGUACAGAUACCACGCCAGGGACCUGUGGAUCGUCUACGGCAUCGCCAUCGUGCUGGCGCUGGUGGGCGUCGCGGUCGGCGCGCACGCCGUGCGGGAGAACGACGGCGCGAUGAGGGACACGCGGUUCUCGAGCAUCGUCGCCGCCACGAGGGGCCCCGCGCUGGAGCGGGUCGGGUGGGAGGACCGCGGCGAGCUGCCGGGCGACGUGAAGGGCCUGAGACUCGGCUACGGGAUGAUACCCCGGGGUGGUCCGGAGGUGAUCGGGCUCGGCGUCCUGGAUGGGGGUAGCAUCGGCUCGGGCUGGAAGCCGGGGGAGAUGAGAUACGGAUUUGGGCUCGAAGGGGAGGUCCAGCAGUUUAGGUGA